AUGACAAUUGAAUCAAUUGUUGAUCAAGUUUGGGAUAAAGAUUGUGAACCUCUAUCUAAACAUUGCUCAAUGGAAUGGAUAGUCAUGCCUGAACAUCCUAUGAUGUUUGGAUUUUUUCAAUUUGUCUAUUUGACUAAUCGAUCGAUUGAUGAAUUUAAGAAAAGUGUUGCACCGGAUUUUAUAUGCUUCGAUGCACAAAAAUGCCCUGUAUUAUUGUCUACCAUCAUUACCAUUAACAUAAUUGAUGGUCUCACAUGUUGCCAUCUUUCUAGUCUGGUAAAUGAUGUCGAAUUUUUGAACUUUUAUCAAUUACUAUCAGCUAUUUCGUCUGUCAGCCAAUUGUGUUGGAAAACAGGUAUAGAAAAAUCAUGCACUAAUUCAUCUUAUUUUCACUGUAACCAAUCCUUGAAAUGUAUUCCAUAUCUUCGCGUUGGAGAUGGAAUAGAUGAUUGUUUUCAUUCUGAAGACGAAUCAUUCAAUGCAUGUCAUCUGAAUGAUUCAAAUCGAUUUAUUUGUGAAUCAGAUCCAAACAAAUGUCUAUUACCCGUCGCAGUUGGUAAUGGACAUCCAGAUUGUCCUCUAGAAGAGGAUGAAUUAUAUGCAUAUACAUCUAGUUUAGUAAAAUUAGUGCCGUUUUCAAGUUUAUGCAAUGGCCACACUAGUUACGGAGCUCCUUCAUUGAACGUUAUAGAAACCGACGAAACCAAUUGUGAAUGGUGGCCAUGUAAUAAUCCAUAUACCCAUUGUGACAAACGUUACCAUUGUUUAAAUGGUGUUGAUGAAUUGAAUUGUCCUAACAGCCAAUGUUCCUCAAAUGAGCAUGAAUGUGAAAAUGAAUUACUUGGAUUAUCCUAUUGCUUACCUAUCAAUCAUAUAUUCGAUAAAUAUGUCGACAAUUGUAGCGAUCCAUUCAUUUCUCGCCAAAUCUUUUUUUAUAAUGGAACAAAGAACAUAAGUAACGAUUACUUAUCAUGGAACAAUACUAAAUGUGCUGCUUCACAGGAAAUUUGUCGAAAUUCUACUUUUUCAUCAAUACCCAAGAUACAGCCAGAUGUAUGUAUUCUUGAAUGCGCCGAAGUAAAAUGGAUGUGUACAGGAGCUGUUUACCUUAUUGAAAAUAUUACUUAUCUAUGCUAUCUCAAAUCGAAAAGUUAUUAUAUUGUUCCCAAUCCAUUUUUCACAACCACACGAUUUGGUGAUUUUCCAUCAAUAACAACUAAUCGUUCUAUUCCAAUUAUUCCUAAAUAUAAUCAAGAAAGAAAACUUGUUUCAGAGAUUGACGCUACUUUUAAUUCGUAUUGUCAUCGUGGAAUUGCUGUGUUAUAUGGUAUUAAUCAAACGAAAAUAUGUUUUUGUCCACCUAAUUAUUUUGGUCUUCAAUGUCAAUGGCAAAAUCAACGUGUUAGCUUAACUCUUCAGUUUCUUCGAGGUAGUACUACAUCUAGUAAUGUUAUAUUUCAAGCAAUUAUAAUGCUUAUUGAUGAAAAUGGACAAAUUACACCUUAUUUUGAACAAAUUACAUAUAUGCCUUCUCGUGAUUGUGAUACAAAAUUUAAUAUCUAUUUACUUUAUCCAAAUCGACCAAAACAUAUCUCUAGUAACUAUUCAAUUCGUAUUGAUCUUUUUGAAAAAACAAAAUUAAAUUAUUGGGCUAGUUGGUAUUUACCGAUAUCAUUUCUAUUUUUACCUGUUAAUAGAAUUGUCACUCAAUUAUUUAUUCCUGAUGUACAAGAAACAAGAUUAUGUUCUUUUUCAUGUGGAGAACAUGGUAAAUGCAUGAAAUACAUAAAUAAAAAAUCAUUAUUUUUUUGUCAAUGUAAUCAAGGAUAUUAUGGUAGUCGAUGUGAAAAGUCAUAUGAAUGUAAUUGUGCAAAUGAUUCAUAUUGUCUUGCUCCAUAUAUAUGCAUAUGUCCAUUAUAUAAAUUUGGUUCUUAUUGUUACUUAAAACAUUCGAUUUGUCAUUUAUCAAAUAAUCCAUGUCAACAUAAUGGACUUUGUGUGCCAAAUGAUGAUCGUAUUGAUUUAAAAGGAUUCACUUGUUUCUGUUCACAAGGUUAUUCAGGUGAUAGAUGUGAGAAUACAAAUAAUCAGAUUGAUAUACAUUUACAUGAUACAAUAGUAAGACAAACUUCGUUAUUAUUUAUACAUUUUAUUACAUCAUUUAAAGAUGCUGAACAUCAAAGAAUAACUGUUUUGAAAAAGAUUCCAUAUAAUCGAAAUAUUUUAACACUAUAUGUCUCACAACCAUUUAAUAUUCUUCUUCUUCAAAUACCAAAUCAAUAUUAUUAUUUAGGAAUACUUCGAGAAAUAUUUAUACCUUCUGAAUAUAUUUAUACUGAAAUAAAAUUAGAUCAACGUUGUUUCUCUAUUACUGAGCUUCAUAAUAGUACAUUAACAAACCUCGGUUAUCUUCGUCGAACUAAAUAUUAUCCACUUUUAUGUCGACAAUAUUUACGAAUGAUGUGUUUUUAUGAUAAUGAUCUUAUAUGUAUAUGUGAUGUUGAUCGAUUUUCUAAUUGUUUUUUCUUUAAUCAUACAAUGAAUUAUGAUUGUCAAGGUCGUCACUAUUGUGAAAAUGAUGGUCAAUGUUUUCAAAAUAAUGAAACAUGUCCAACAAAAUUAACAUGUGUAUGUCCAAAUUGUUAUUACGGUACUAAAUGUCAAUUCUCAACUAAAGGUUUUCUUUUUUCUCUUGAUCCCAUUCUUAGCUAUCAUGUAAAACCAAAUGUUUCACUUAUUCAACAACCAUUAAUUAUCAAAAUAAGUAUUGUUAUUAGUACAAUUAUGUUAAUUUUAGGUUUAAUUAGUGGUAUUUUAUCAAUAAUAGUAUUUUGUAGAGUAAAACCAAGACAAGUUGGUAGUGGAUAUUAUCUUUUAAUUUCAUCAAUUACAUCAAUAUGUAUGAUUAUUAUAUUAACUAUUAAAUUCUGGCAACUCAUACUUUCACAAAUGUCUUUGAUAAAUAAUCGAUCUUUACUUAUGUUUAAUUGCAUGUCAAUGGAUUUUCUUCUCAAAGUUCUUUUAGCAUCAAGUGAAUGGCUGAAUGCAUGUGUAGCAAUUGAAAGAAUGAUUAGCGUUACUAAGGGUACUCGCUUUAAUAAACAAAGAAGCAAACAAUUAGCAAAAUCGGUUAUUUUCAGUGUAUUCUUUUUUUCAAUAAUUACACAAAUUCAUGAUCCUAUUCAUCGUCAAUUAAUCGAUGAUAUAGAUGAUGAUGAACAAAGAAUUUGGUGUUUUGUUGAAUAUUCAUAUUCUGUUCGAAUAUACAAUUCAUUUAUUACUCUCUUUCAUUUUCUUGUUCCUUUUUCAAUUAAUUUCAUAACAGCUCUUGUUAUUAUCAAAAAAAUAGCUCGUAGACGUUCAAAUAUUUAUCCAGAACAAUCAUAUCAUGAUCAUUUUCAACGUCAAAUGCAUCAUCAUCAACAUCUUUUAUUUGCACCUUGUAUGUUAAUAUUAUUAGGCUUACCUCGUCUAAUUGUAUCAUUCAGUAAAAGUUGUAUGAAAUCAGCACGUGAGCCUUGGUUCUAUCUUAUUGGUUAUUUUGUUUCAUUUAUACCAUCAAUGUUGACAUUUAUUGUUUUUGUAUUACCAUCUAAAAACUAUAAAAGUGAACUUCGUUUGAUGUAUGAACAAACGAUCCGACGAUUUCGUUGA